AUGCUGGAACGGACGGGAGUCCUCAGCAUCUACGCCAUACUGAGGCAAAUGCAGCUGCGCUGGAGCGGCCACCUGGUGCGCAUGGACGACGAGCAACUACAGAAACGACUCUUCUACGGAGACGUCGCGACGGGUUCUCGCCGUCAAGGAGGCCAAAUUCGCCGUUACAAGGAUACUCUGAAGUCCUCCCUGAAAUGCCUGCAAAUCAACCCGACCAACUGGGAGGAGCUAGCACUCGAUCGACCGACCUGGAGGAGGACAGUGAAGACAGGCGCUGCGAUCUACGAAGCCAACCGCAUCGCUGCCGCCAAAGUGAAACGCGAAGCCCGCAAAUCACAAAUUCGCCCAGUAAGCAACGCCGCCGCACAACCGCUUCCAACGUGUCCUCGAUGUCAACGGACGAUACGGGCUCGAAUCGGACUUGUUGGACAUCUUCGGAUCAACUGUAACUCUCGAGCUGCACCAAACAUCGUCCCCCCGCCAGCCUCUUCCUUCUCCUCCUGUCCGCCGCCAAAUAACCCUGACAAUUCUUCUGACCCACCACUUCCAUCAUCCUCCUCCUCCUCAUUAUCCUCCUCCUCCUCCUUCUCCUCCUCCUCCUCCUCCUCCUCCUCCUCCUCGUCCACUGCUCCAACGGCGGCCGCUCAAGCCACUGUGCCGCGUACAGAAACCGACACUACCACCACCUCCCCCGACUCCAGGGAUGAGGAUCUCGACUACACCUGCCCUCACUGCGACCGUACCUUCACCUCACACAUCGGCUGGUCGGUCACUUGCGAAUCCAUCACACAGAGACUGGCGAACCAGUGCAUGAAGCACCAACCUACACCCACCGCACUCGCCUCCACUGCCCACACUGCCCUCGCACCUUCAGGCAUCGCAUUGGCCUUCUCGGCCACAUGCGCAUUUACGAGAGCGGCCUUGACCGCACUACCGAAGCAUCCACCACAUCCAACACAUCCACCGUGCACACCCCACCCUCGUUCCAUCCGUCCGCGCCACCAUCACUACCACCACCACCGCCUCCUCUGUAGCUGA